AUGUCUAAUGAAGAGGCCAGAAAUGUCUGCUUUAAUUCAGAGUUGAUUGAGAAUCUUCAAGUGGGCCAUAACAAUAUUCUUAAUAAAUACGGCAGUAGCUGUAUGUUACAUACAAACCACUGCACAGCAUGUGAAUCUGUUGCUUUACAUCGAUCUGUAAGUCUUCUGGAUUUUAAUAUGAAGCGUGUACAAGAACACAUGGCGACUGGUAUGGUGGAACAUAGAAUUAAUCAUUCAAAUGUAAUGGAGAGUUUAAAUAGAUUAUCCUUAACAAUAGAAUAUAUGAAUCAAAGACUACUCCGGUUGGAGUCGCGCCAAGAAGAUUACGACGAAGUCCAUGCAGUAAAAAAGAACAAAGGUGGUAAAUUUAAGCGUUUUUUAAAGAAACUUUUAAAACGUAAGUCUAAAGCCGAUGAUUUUUACUUUGAUGUAAUUUCAGAAGUUGAGUCACCCUAUGACACGAUUAGCGUUUCGUUUGGUAACUUUGAAAUUGAAGAUCAGCAAUCAUUAAACGAGGGAGCGUCACUUGAACAUCAACCAUUCAGAGGGGAAUCUUCCGAAGACCAGCAAUCAUUUAGAGGGGAAUCUUCCGAAGAUCAGCAAUCAUUUAGAGGGGAAUCUUCCGAAGACCAGCAAUCAUUUAGAGGGGAAUCUUCCGAAGACCAGCAAUCAUUUAGAGGGGAAUCUUCCCAAGACCAGCGACAAUUCAGAGGACAAUCUUCACAAGACCAGCGACCAUUCAGAGGGCAAUCUUCCCAUGACCAGCAACCAUUCAGAGGGCAAUCUUCCCAUGACCAGCGACCAUUAAGAAGGGUAUUAAGUGAAGGAGUGUACAAUAACUUGAGCUCAAUUCAAACUGACACGAGCGACUAUCGCAGAAUUGAUACUCAGAUAUAUCAAACUGACCCAGAUGAAAUCUACGAAAACACUAAUGCAGUCACUGUAUCACCUUCAGAAUCACUGUAUUGCACAGUUCCACCAAUUGCGAGUGUUAACCUAGAACAAAGAACGCACCAAUCAUUUAAAUCAAAUCAAAAUUGGUAUGGAUCAAGCGAAUGGGGUGUACUAUACUGA